ACUCCAUCUGUCCCCAGUUAAUUGCGCCGGUCUUUUUGCAAAGAAACACUUAUGAAUUUCCGAAAUAAAUCUGCAGUCCACAUCUUUAAUUAAACGUAGAUUGCGCAUUAAUUUCGAAAAUUUACAAGAGUUUUUCGUAAAAGUUCCAGUAGAACGUGAACUGCAGGUUUAUUCGCAAAUUCAUAAGGUUUUUAAAAAAAAAAAUGCUGGUACCAAUUAAUUAGGGACGGAGGGAGUACCACAGUGGUACAGCACUACUCCAGUAGAAAUUAGAAACUAAUUCAUGUCUAAGGUCUUCUGCGUCACAGCGCUGUAAUAGUAAAAGCACAGUGACCGGAAGGUGUUAAUUAACGUCCUGAAGCACACACGACUUGCAUCCUUUCAAUUCAAUUUAUAGAACACCUAACAAGAAACACGUCUCUUCUAAGAAAAUUAAACGCAUUGCAGCAUAAGAAGAUGCUAUCGGUCACAUCCUUGGGCCUUGGCGCUCGUCGCCACGAUAUAGUCAUAUAAGAUACCGGAGAGAGAGAGAAAUAAGGACAGAAAUAACGAGGAAUAAGGAAUCCUGGACACAUACGAAACCUAGUCUGGCCGGUUUGGGGGCCUCUUUUAAGCAGCCGUAUCAUACCGAAUACGUUAUAUAUCGAUCACGACUUGCAAUGAUCUUUGGGUCGAUUUAGGGCUUACCGGCUUAGCCUCAUCUCGAUCAAAAAAGGGAAAGAUUAUCUGCAGCUCUGUAAGCAUUGCCUGCCUGCCAAGAUCUACAAAUAUAUGUGAUUCCUUGUUCUCAUUAUUUGUGUUUGCAUCUGGAGCCAAGAUCGAUCCGAUGGGUGCCAGCAGCGACCGCAUCAGCAGCCUUCCUGACGAUCUCAUCAUCCUCAUCCUCACCCACCUCGGCUCCGCCGCCGCCGCGGCACGCACCAGCGUCCUCUCGCGCCGCUGGCGCCGCAUCUGGACUCACCUUCCGGAGCUCUUCCUAAACGAGCCGGCGGCGACCUCAGACUCCAUAGACGCCGCCCUGGCUGCAGCCUACUCGGCGGGCGGAACCUUGAGGCUGCUCGCCAUCACCAUGCCCAGGGACGCCAACGCUGCCCGCGUCUCUCCAUGGCUGCGCUUCGCCUCGCAGCGCCUAGCCGGCGAGCUCUCCCUCGAUGUGAACCUGCGCUUAACCGGUGCCACAGAGCCAGAGGAGGGCUCCAGGAAGCUCGAGCUGCCUCCUUGCGAGAGGGUAACGGAGAUGGACGUCUGCUUCAACUACUACACUCUUGGGCUCCCCCAUGACAGGAUCUCGUUCCCUGCACUGGCCGUCCUGAACAUGAGCUGUGCCAAAAUAGAAGCCCAGGACCUGGAACGCCUCGGGUCGUUGCCGCGGCUGCGAGAGCUCGUCCUGCGCGGGAUCACGCUGGCCACCGUCUACGACGUCUCGAUACGCUCUGACACGUUGGAGCGGCUGAUCUACCUCGUGAGCCGCACCCGCCGGUUGGAGAUCGUCGCCCCGAAGCUCCAGGCAUUGCGAACAUACUCAUCCAGCGGUCCUGAUCAUGAGAUCGCCGAGGCCUAUGUCGUCGCUCCCAGCCUCGCUGAUCUUGCUUGGUUCUUCUACGACCCGCAGCGGCACCGGUUUGUCGGCGCUGGGCGCCACCUCCGCAAGCUGUCGCUGCUGGAUUCGUCCACGACAGCGCUGAUGCAGCGCUUCGACACUGCGGAUGAGCUAGAGAUCAAGCUCUCGAUGGAUUGGGUGAGAGAAGGGUAUGAGAACUUUAUGAACGCCAUGAGCAAACCUACAAAGUGUAAGGUUCUAGACCUACAGCUGAGGUAUCGAGGGCUACCGUCGCAUUUCCAUGCACCAUGCGUGUUGUAUCUCCUCAAGAAAUCAUCUGGCCUCAGACGGAUUGUGGUCCAUCUUCCCUUGGGUAACAUGGAUAUUCAAGUCGGUAAUAUGUGCCCAUUAUCUAGGUGUUCUUGCCGUUCACCAGAGAAUGCCAAGAUAGAGAACAUUUUGCUAGUCACUUGAAGAGGUGGUGAUUAUGAACUUUGAGGAGGGAAAUAAUCAUGUGGAGUUCUUGAGCCUGCUGUUGGGGUGCAAUACACCAAUCCUUAAAACUGUGGUCAUUAAUUCCGAAACGAGAGCGCUGAGCAAGGACACUUGCAUAAAAAUACGAAGCAAUGCCAGUCCGAUUAUUGAUGUCAAGUUCAAUAAGUUCUCACAUUCGCAUUGGAGAUGGGUGCCAUAUAUGCCUUGUUGAAAACUGGGUUCCCUGUCUUCUGUUGUAUAAUCGGCCGGUUAAGAUGACCUAGAUAGGAAGAGGUUCCAUCGUCCGUGAACUGCUUUUCAAGGUCACAGUCAAAUUACCCGGGAAAAAAAAGGUCAAUGUCAAAUUAAUAUAGUGAUAUUUUGUAUACCCAAGCGAGCGGUGUGUUAAUCAUAUAUAAUUGCCAGAGUGUGGAGAACAAAUAGUUGGUGAUAAUAAUAAUAUUGUUCCGCAAAACACUAUGCAGUUAUCAGUUUUUUUUAA